AUGAGCUCUGCUUCAAAUCUUGAGGAGCUUUACUUAUGGAGGAAUAAUCUCAGUGGAAAUAUUCCUGAAUCUAUCUCCAAUGUUUCUAAGCUCAGAAUCCUAGAAUUACAAGAAAACUCAUUCUCUGGCCUUAUACCAAAUACAUUUGGCAAUUUGAGGUUCCUUGAGAAAUUGCGCCUUGAUUUUAAUCAUUUGAACACCGAAGCUUCAACUCAUGAGUGGAAUUUUCUCUAUUCCUUGGCAAAUUGCAACUACCUAAGAUAUUUAGAGCUAUCAUCCAACGCAUUGGACGGUAUUCUUCCAACUUCUAUCUCAAAUCUCUCUACAUCACUUCAAUAUUUAUUGAUUAGAGAUUGCAAAAUUAGAGGCAGCAUUCCCAUGGAAAUUGGUAGCUUAAGCAAGGCUAUAUUGUUAGACCUUUCCUCUAAUAAAUUGAGUGGACCUAUUCCAACAACAAUAGGAAGGCUAAAAAAUCUCCAACUUUUGCGUCUUUAUGGAAAUAAGUUACAAGGCUCUAUCCCAUAUGAUCUUUGUGGUUUGAAGGGAUUGUACAAAUUAUCAUUAGGUGAUAAUGAGCUUGAUGGGCCUUUACCGACAUGUUUGUGUGAUUUGACUUCUCUGAGAUAUCUAUACUUGUUCUCCAACAAAUUGCAUUCAAAAAUACCUUUGACUUUUUGGAGCCUUAAAUAUAUUUUAGAAAUAGACUUGUCAUCAAACAAUCUUAGCGGUUCACUUCCACUUGACAUUGGAAAUUUGAAGGUACUUAUCUCUUUGAAAUUGUCAAGGAAUUUAUUAUCAAGUGAUGUUCCGCCCACAAUUGGAAGUCUACAUGAUCUACAGGUUUUGAAUCUUGCUAGUAAUAGAUUACAAGGUCCUAUUCCUGAAUCAUUCGGUGACUUGAUGAGUUUGAAAAGUUUGGAUUUAUCUAACAACAAUUUCUCUGGAGUCAUUCCAAAGUCCUUGGAAAGACUUCAUGAUCUCAAUUAUUUAAAUGUGUCUUUCAAUAGAUUAGAAGGGGAAAUCCCAAGUGGAGGUCCCUUUUUAAACUUCACUGCCAAAUCAUUCAUGAAAAAUUAUGCACUCUGCGGUUCACCUAGACUACAAGUCUCACCUUGCAAAAAUAAAAUCCAUCGGAAAUUCAAGAAGACCGCUCUACAUGCUUUGAGGUAUGUUUUACCAACAUUUGCUUCAAUAAUAAUAGUUAUUGCAGUCAUAAUUGUCUAUAAAAAAAAGCAGCGGGGGAAUACGAAUUUGGCGAUUGUUGAAGACUUAAUUCCUGUCGAGAAAUGGAGAAGAAUUUCCUAUAAUCAGCUAUUGGAAGGGACUAACGGAUUUAGUGAAAACAACUUAAUGGGUUCAGGAAGUUUUGGCUCUGCAUACAAAGGAAUACUUUUAGAUGGGACAAAUGUUGCAAUAAAAGUUUUUAAUUUGCAAAGAGAUGGAGCAUUUAGGAGUUUUGAGAUUGAAUGUGAAGUGAUGAGCAAUAUCUUUCACCGCAAUCUUGUUAAGGUCAUUACUUGUUGUUCUACUAUUGACUUCAAAGCCUUAGUGCUUGAAUUCAUACCUAAUGGGAGCCUUGAGAAAUGGUUAUAUUCUUACAAUUAUUUCUUGGAUAUCCUACAAAGAAUCAACAUAAUGAUGGAUGUUGCAUCAGCAUUAGAAUACCUCCAUUGGGACAUCCAAACACCUAUAAUCCAUUGUGACCUAAAAACCAAGUAA